CAUUGCUCCAAGAUGGCGGCAGCGGCGGCGGCGGCGGCGGCAGCCCAGAUGACCCAAGGUGGGACCACCCUCCUUAAUCACCCUCAGCCUGAAACCUAGGGAGGAUGCCCUGGACCCCAAGGCUAGGGUCUGACAUCGGGCCCCAUGCGGCUCACCCGCUGCUGGGCUGCCCUGGCAGCCGCCAUCAUCCUCAAUCUCCUAGUGUUCUUUUAUGUGUCGUGGCUACAACACCAGCCCAGAAACUCCCGGGCCCGGGCCCCCCGCCGGACUCCUGCCGUUGGUCCCCGAGUCACCGUCCUGAUUCGGGAAUUUGAGGCUUUUGACAACGCGGUACCAGAGCUGGUGGAUUCCUUCCUGCAGCAGGACCCGGCCCAGCCGGUGGUGGUGGCGACCGACACACUCCCUUACCCACCCCUGGCCUUGCCUCGCAUCCCUAAUGUUCGCCUGGCGCUGCUCCAGCCGGCCCUGGACCGGCCAGCUGCGGCCUCCCGCCCAGAGACCUACGUGGCUACCGAGUUCGUGGCCCUGGUGCCUGACGGAGCGCGGGCUGAGUCACCAGGCCACCUGGAGCGUAUGGUGGAGGCGCUCCGAGGAAGCAGCGCCCGACUGGUGGCCGCCCCGGUUGCCACCGCCAACCCUGCGCGGUGCCUGGCGCUGAACAUCAGCCUGCGCGAGUGGACCGCACGCUACGGCCCAGCGCCCAGCGCGCCCCGCUGCGACGCCUUGGAUGGCGACGCGGUGCUCGUGCUGCGCUCCCGCGACCUCUUCAACCUCUCGGCGCCCCUGGCGCGGCCCCUGGCCACCAGCCUCUUUCUGCAGACCGCCCUGCGCGGCUGGACAGUGCAGCUGCUGGACUUGACCUUCGCCGCGGCGCGCCAACCCCCGCUGACCACCGCCCACGCGCGCUGGAAGGCCGAACGCGAGGGGCGCUCACGGAGGGCGGCGCUGCUGCGCUCGCUGGGUAUCCGCCUGGUGAGCUGGGAGGGGGGUCGGCUCGAGUGGUUCGGCUGCAGCAAGGAGAGCGCGCGCUGCUUCGGCACCGUGGCGGGCGACACACCCGCCUACCUGUACGAGGGCCGCUGGACACCACCUUGCUGCCUGCGCGCGCUGCGCGAGACCGCGCGCUACGUGGUGGGGGUGCUGGAGGCGGCGGGCGUGCGCUACUGGCUGGAGGGCGGCUCGCUGCUGGGUGCAGCCCGCCACGGCGACAUCAUCCCAUGGGACUAUGACGUAGACCUGGGCAUCUACCUGGAGGACGUGGGCAACUGCGAGCAGCUGCGGGGCGCCGAAGCUGGCUCGGUAGUGGAUGAACGCGGCUUCGUGUGGGAGAAGGCGGUGGAGGGCGACUUCUUCCGAGUGCAGUACAGCGAGAGCAACCACCUGCACGUAGACCUGUGGCCCUUCUAUCCCCGCAAUGGGGUCAUGACCAAGGACACGUGGCUGGACCACAGGCAGGAUGUUGAGUUCCCAGAGCACUUCCUGCAGCCGCUGGUUCCCCUGCCCUUUGCCGGCUUCAUGGCACAGGCCCCUAACAACUACCGCCGCUUCCUGGAGCUCAAGUUUGGGCCCGGGGUCAUUGAGAACCCAGAGUACCCCAACCCUGCACUUUUAAGCUUGGCAGGCGGCUGAAGCCCUUGUGCCCGCGUCUGGGGCCAGGAGAGGAACAACAGGGUACAGGGAUCUAUCUGUUCUUUGCCUUUGGAGUUCUGUGUGGAUCUGGGUG